UACGAUACGACUCCAUGGUUUUCAACGUCGUCAUUAGUGGAUGUCACGACAUCUCUGUCUAUCUAACUGCCUUAUUACCAUCACUCCUGGGGAUCUCAGGAGUAUAUCCCUGACAUUCUACUGCUGAGUUGGCAUAGCUUUGUACACCUCCUGGGUACUGCCGUAACCACGACGAUGCUGUCCCUCGACGAAGAGGUCCGACUUUACACCACCAACGCAGAACGGGAGAAAUACUCUCUCCUAGCUACGCUCUUCGGUAUUGUAGUCGCACUGGACUUUCUGGAACGCGCAUACGUCCGCGAUUCAAUUACUGCCGCUGAGUACUCGCCUGCAUGCACGAGGUUGUUGUCGCAGUAUAUGACGAUGGUCAAGUUGGUCAAGGAUUCGAUCCCGUCGAUCGAGGAGUUCAUGACCCGCUAUCGCCUCGAUACGCCUGCUGCGUUGCACAGGAUCAAGGUAGGGGUACCCACUACGGUGGAACAUUCGAGCGAGGCUGGUCCGGAGACUGGAAAAUGGAUAGCUGAAACGACACAGAACUUCAUAACCUUCAUGGACGCACUCAAGUUACGUCUACGCGCAAAAGAUUAGCUGCAUCCUAUCCUUCAAGAACUCGUUACGGGGCACGCGAGGUUUAAAGGGAGCAAGGAAUGGGAGGGAAGAAGUCGCAUGGUCAGGUGGUUGAUCACCCUCAACGGGAUGAAAGCCUCGGAAGAG